CUCAGACUCAGAGUCCAGAGUUGGAUCAGACUCGAGGGCCGCGGGGGCAUCAUCAAAGAUUCAUCAUGGAUGAAUCCCUCAGCAGAAGUUGAGCACCACUCGCAAGACGCCGCUCCUGCAGAGGGCUGCAUGCGAUGCUAGGUUUCGGAAGAGGCGCGCAUGGCUGAGGGAAUGUGAUUCAACCUACGAUCUUCAGGUAUUUAGCUUGCGGCCGCUGAGCGCUAUUGUGCUGAGCGCGCCGCCGGUUUUUCCCUUCUGAGUGGCGCCUAGCAGGCUCACUCUCACUACCUUUCUCGCUGUCUUUGACCUCCUGUUGGCAACUUAAGAGUCAAGCUGAAGCAGAAUGGCUGAGCCUGGGUUUAAGGAAGGCGUCCUCCGCCACCUGGCCGCAGGGGAGUAUAGGAACCUGGUGUCACACGCGUGGGUACAUCAUUUCCUUGACCGCAUGGCUGAAGCAGACGGGAACCAAACGCUGUGGGAUUUCAUGGGAAGCUUGAGUCCCCCUAAAGCGCACAGCCCACAAACUGCUCCGGGGGAGGUUCAAUACAUUGAGCCGGUGCUGACGAUGAAAUGGCGAGGGGUGGGACGAGUCAAGGCGAGCAGGGGAUACAGGUCUUCUGAGGGGGUGGACAUCAACUCGCUGGCACUAAUGCGGCCUGGGGAAGGGCAGUGA